GUGUCGAGGCGUUCUAAAAACCCGGAGAAAUUCUCUAGCGCAGAUCUGUGAUCAAUGCGAUUCUACCUCGGACCUAUCGGAUCGGAUAGCUCCCCCGUGAUCGACUCCUAGUGCAUUCAGGUGUUCGUGAUCAGCGGCGUUCGUUCAUUGAGCGAGGAACCCAGAGCCGGGAUGAUUCUCCGGAUUUUACUCGCGGCAUUGUCCAUCCUUUUAGGGAUGUGGCUGAGGCGACGCCGAGAGCACUUCCGCUAUUUUCAUUAUUUAGGGGUGCCGGGCCCUGAACCGAAUUUGAUAUUCGGCAACUUAUUGGAGAUUUAUUUGAAGAACAGUUUAUGGGCAGUGAACGAUUGGCAUCGGAAGUUCGGACCUGUCGUGGGACUCUUCUAUGGUAAAAACCCUGUUCUACUGGUCUCGGAUCCGAUUAUACUCAAGAAAGUUUUCAACGAUGAUCGAAACUUCACGAAUCGAUCUCCUCAUUUCAACUUCCCUGGAGUACCAAACUCAGUCGCAUGCCUCUCAGGCGAUGAUUGGAGGCAACUCCGAACCUUGCUAUCGAAACAUUACACAGAGGAAGGGAUCUGCAGAUUCAGUCCAGAAGUGAAGAAUUGCGUCGAUGAGCUCCUGAAAGUUGUGAAGAAACAAUCCGCGAAAGGGAGCCGGGAGUUCGAUAUCUCCGCGAUCUACGACGCGUUCGCUCUGGAUACGAUCUGCAGAACCACCUGUGGCUUAGCGUAUGAUAUUCAGAGUGACCAGCGGAAUCGCCUCUUGGGGUUCAUCAACAAAAUGAAGCCACCUUUCGGUUUGCGGGAUCUCUUCAGAACUUCGCUUCCGCAGCUCAAUCUGAUCUUUGAGGGUGUCAGGAGGAAAGUGCUCGCGCUCAUGCACGGAUCUGUUAGGAAAACAAGUCCCCUCCAAGAAAUGCAUGAGGACUGCUCGAAACGAGUCAAAAUGUUACGAUCCUCCAAGAAACCAGCUGGAAACGAUCUCCUAACCGUGAUGUUGGCCGAGGGCUACGAGGUGACCGACAAGCAAGCCAUCGACAACUCCGUCCUGAAUGUCUUGGCUGGGUACGAUACCACUUCCGGUGCACUGAGUUUCAUUACGAACAUGCUGAUCCGGUAUUCGGAAGUUCAAGAUCGUCUCCGGACCGAGCUUCAAGAAGCCUUCCCUGGAGGUUCGGAGGUCACUCCUCAAAAGUUGAAGGAAUGCCGUUACCUCGAUGCGGUCAUCCGGGAAACCUUGAGGAUGUACGCUCCCGUUUACAUGUAUACGAGUCGCACGAGCGAGAAUCCCGUUCAGAUCGGCGACCUCUACAUCCAAGAAGGUUUGACUGUGAUGGCAUCUACGAGAGAGAUGCACUACACUGAGGAGCUCUAUCCGGAACCUGAAAGGUUCAACCCCGACCGCUUCCUCGUGGACGACCUGAGUCAGUUCGACGACAUAUGGAUUCCAUUCGGCGCUGGACCUCGACACUGUCUGGGCAAAAAUCUGGCUAUGCUGGCGGUCAAGUUCGUCCUGGCAAAAAUGGUCCUGACCUACAAACUCGAUACCUUCGAGUACCUUCCCCAGUCCCGUGUGGAGCUCCAAGCCAACCCUGGCCUCCUAAAACUCAAAACGGGACUUCGCUGUCGAGCUUCACCCGUUUGACAGAAAAUUGAAUAAACAAUGGAUCGCAAGUUUAGAGGCU